GGGGCUGCGGCGGGGCCGUAUAUAACAGUGCCGGCGGGCGGCCACGUCCCACCCGCGCAGCAGCCUCGCCGCAGCCCCCCCAGCCCCGCACGGUGCCGGCGAUGCUGCCCUGCCUCCUCCCCGUCCUCGCCGUGGGGCUGGUGCAUGCCCAUGCGGCCGAGCCCCACGACUGUGCCCCGCUCGCCCCGGCCGUCAUGGACAACGCGACCGUGGCUGGGCUGCUGGGGCACUGGGUGUACAUCAUGGGCGCCUCCACGUAUCCCCCGCACGUGGCCGAGAUGAAGGAGCUGAAGUACGCGACCUUCACCUUCCUGCCCGGCAGCCACGACGAUGAGCUCAACGUGACCGAGACCCUGCGGCUGAACGAGACGUGCGUGGUGAAGAACGCCAGCAAGAUCCUCAUCUUCCGGCACAACUCCACCCUGGUGCACGUGGAGGGGCAGGAGUCGUCCAUGGCCGAGCUGAUCAAGACGGACAAGGAGCUGCUGGUCCUGAAGCACACCAAGGAAUCCUUCCUGGGCCUCAGCCUCUCGGCGCGGACGCCCAACGUGAGCAAGGAGCACCUGGAGGAGUUCCGGGCCCAGCUGCGCUGCCUCGGCUUCACGCAGGAGGAGACCUUCGUCACCUCCCCGAAGGACGCCUGUCCCCCGGAUGGCAAGGAGAAGGAUGAAGCCACCUCGGCCCCCACAGAGGUGUAACGGGAGUGAAGCCGCAUCCCCUCCACGCGUGGUCCCCAGCCCCUGCGCAGGGACAUCCGCCAGCGCUCGGCUCAGCCUCGGGAGGUCCCGGCGAGUUUUUUUCUUCCAACAGAGGGCCCAGGCCAGGCCCGUCCCAGAAGGGAUUUGCAGCUUUUCUGUUCUCACGCCGAGCUGCAAUAAAGCCUGUGUGACACCCGC